CGGCGCCUCGCGUGAUGCACUGAUGGAGACCGCGGCGGCCCUCCCUCUGACUCCCGCCGCGUUGCCGGGGCAACACACGGGGAGCGUCGGCUGCUGUGUGGCAGCACGGAGAGGAAGAUGGAGGAGGGCGCUGCCAGGGACGUCGAGACUGGAAGUGAAGCUGGUGGAGAGGACGCCUUGGUGGGAAAUGUGAACAAAUUGACGGUGAGCCCACCGGGAUACUCAGGAGCUCUGCGGAAAGGACACCUGGUUUUUGAUGCUUGCUUUGAGAGUGGGAACCUCGGCCGUGUUGACUACAUCAGUGAGUUUGAGUUUGACCUCUUCAUCCGGCCUGACACCUGCAACCCCCGCUUCAGAGUCUGGUUCAACUUCACAGUGGAGAAUGUCCGUGAGACACAGAGAGUUAUUUUCAAUGUGGUCAACUUCUCCAAGACCAAGAGCCUGUACAGAGAUGGCAUGUCUCCUGUGGUGAAGUCUACCAGCAGGCCCAAAUGGCAGAGGCUUCCAGCCAAAAACGUGUACUACUACCGCUGCCCUGACCACCGGCGCAACUAUGUCAUGUCCUUUGCCUUCUGCUUCGACAGAGAGGACGAUGUAUACCAGUUUGCUUACUGCUACCCCUACACGUACUCCAGACUGCAGCACUACCUGGCCAGCCUCGAGCGCAGGAACCUGCCCUACCUGCAGAGGGAGCAACUGGGACUCAGUGUGCAACAACGGCGCCUAGACCUGUUAACCAUCACCAACUCAGACUACCCGAGUCCAGAAAGGGAGAAGAAGCUGGUCUUCCUUACAGCUCGUGUUCACCCUGGAGAGUCUCCUGCCUCCUUUAUUUGUCAAGGUGUGAUUGACUUCCUGGUGAGCCAGCAUCCGGUGGCUCAGGUCCUGAGAGAUCAUGUGAUCUUCAAGAUCGUCCCCAUGCUAAACCCUGACGGCGUCUACCUGGGCAACUACAGGUGUUCACUGAUGGGCUUCGACUUGAAUCGCCACUGGCAGGAUCCCUCUCCUUGGGCCCACCCCACGCUGCACGCUGUCAAACAACUCAUUAUGCAGAUGAACCAAGACCCUAGGGUGAGUUUGGAGUUCUACAUUGAUGUCCAUGCCCACUCCACCAUGCUGAAUGGCUUCAUGUACGGCAAUGGGUUCGAGGAUGAGGAGCGUGUCCAGAGACAGGCUGUCUUCCCCAGACUGCUGUGCCAAAAUGCACCAGACUUCUCUUUCUCCAACACGUCCUUCAACCGGGAUGUGGUGAAGGCCGGUACCGGUAGACGUUUCCUUGGUGGUCUCCUUGACGACACGUCCUACUGCUACACUCUGGAGGUGUCCUUUUACAGCUACAUGACGGCUGGCAGCAACGCGCCUGUACCCUACACCGAAGACACAUACAUGAAACUGGGCAGGAAUGUGGCUCGUACCUUCCUGGAUUACUACAAACUCAACAACCUCAUCAAGGACAACAGACCAACUCACAUACAGAGUUCUGAGGUGAUGUCCCAGACAGGCAAUGGAAAGGGCAAUGGCAUUGGCAAAGACGCAGAGAGACAGGAGAGGGAGAAGAGCCAGUGUGUCAGGCACUAGACGGACGGACAGACGGACGGACACAGACCGAGCAUGUAUAAAAUGCAGAGCACCGUGGCAGGAGGAUCCUUCACACUUCAUUGCCUUUAGAAGCUCCACAUCUCCCUGGCUAUAAAGACUUUUAUUCACAGAUUUGUAACAGUGGGGUGACUGGUACUUGGAGGAAUAAAAUCUGAACAAGUGUCCUCCUGAGUUAUUUAGUGACUAUAAAAUUGUGGACUAUUGAAUGCCAAGGGGAGACAGGCUAGUUACCCAUCUAUAUCACGGACGUUAUGAGGGAGGAGACCAAACACUUACAGAAUCCUAAAUAGAACAGAUACUAAAGAUGGCGGAUGUAUGAUACAUGUCGUGGCACUCCCCUGAAACAACCAGUCAUCUGCUGAACCUGGAGCAAGCCAAUCAAGUUGAUGCACUGAUGCAAAUGCACAGUUGAGUUUAAUGACAGUUGAAACUGAUGAAUACUCCUGGAAGAAGAGGAUAUCAAAACAAAAACUUAUAUUUAUUUAAACAUCAACCAUGAACUCAAAUUUUAUAAGUGCUCUGGUGGGAUGAGCCUUGCACAUACGUUGAAGUACAACCUAAGGGAAAAGGGCAUUUUAAACCUUAUUUUGGGGCAAACUCAUCAAACUUUUAAAGCAUUUUUAAAAAAAAUCUGAUUUGACUUGUGGUUCUAUGCAUGUUGUUUUUAUGUGCUGUUGAGCUUUGAAAUUGCAGUUGUGGCUCCUCAUUCAUUCAGUAUCCUGGUCUUGUUAUCCUAAAAUAACUGUCUAGGGGUGUUACCAAGAUGGCUACCAUGUGGUGAGACUCGUUCCGUGGCCUUCAUUCAGCAGCUCUUUUUGUGUUUUCAUACACAUGUAAAUAAAUGCAUGCUUCCCUGCUG